AUGGGCACCACUGAUACGUUUCAAGUGCCGCCGCCAGACUUCCCCGAUAAUGCCCAUCCGUUGGUCAAGGAGAAAUUUACACAACUCUUCUUUGAGCCUGGCGAGGGCUUUGAGUACGGGAAUAGUGUCUAUUGCGUGCAGCUACUCGUUGAGCGGCUUGGCGAUAAGGACCGCUUUACGCAGUACGUUGACCACCACAUCUUUGCCACGCUUGGUAUGACUGCUUCCACCUACCGGCCGACUCUGGUUCCGCACGUCUGGGCGCGUCGCCUGCAGAUGGUAGAGCGUGUAAGCAAAGUGGACGAUGAAGCCUCGACGACGGAUGGCAAGGCCCGCCUUGUGGCUCGUGAUAAGGACACGUACGGCCUGACAUGCAGUAUAUCUGAUCUUGCACGGCUCUUUGGGGAUAUCAUGUCGCCGGACUGUAAGCUGCUACAGCGCCAAGAACACCGUGAUCUAUUUUUCACGCCGCAGUUAACGCCCGGUGGUAAUGCGCACCAGUCGCUGCUGGCUGAAACCACCAACUAUGGCUUCCUUCUCCCCCUCGAACAAGACGUAUCAAUUUCCCAUAAGGUAUCAUGGGCGUUGACGCCACCUCCGGCCAUAAACUGGACCGCGGCGGGCGCUCUUAUUGAAGAGGAUAAUACCCUUCCAGGCUCAGGCAUCCCCAAAGGAACUGUCGCAUUUGAAGGACAGCCUAAUAUCAUCUGGACUAUGAAUCGCGAAAAGGGGCGCAUGAUGCUUUUUGGCACCCAGUUGCUGCCUGGGUAUGAUGUAAAAGCACAUAAUCUUGCAGUGAACUUUUUAUAUGACGCUUGGAAGACGUUUGGCUAG